CCCAUCACGACUAUUUGUAGACUACAUACAGCCUUUUUUACUGAGACUUUGCAUCUCAUUACAGCUACUGGACCAAUCAAAUCAGUCCACAGCUUCAAAACAUCCAAUCAGGGGAGACUCUGAACCUGGUUUUCUACUGAACUCACAAGUUCAUUACCUCACUAUCACUUUGUCUGAACAGGAACGAUGAUCACACUCUUUGUCACUCUUUCUCUCGUCAUAACUGUGAAAACUUCUGAUGUCAAGGAUCUUCAAGUUCAAAAAGUAAAGCGUGGAGAAAAUGUAACUAUAAAAUGUGACGACUUUAACGGUGACAAAAAUAAAUUAGUUUGGUUCAAACAGAGUUUUGGAAAAUUACCUCAGUUGAUUGUGAAACCGGUGGAGAAAACGAUCAGAUACGGUGCAGGAUUUAAUGAAGGACGCUUCAGUACUAGUGUAGAUAAACUGUUUCAUCUCAACAUCAAACAAAUCAAGGAAGAGGAUUCAGAAACAUAUUUCUGUGCAGAACUGCAGGCAUCUUCACUACGCUUUGCAUCUGGAACCCUUUUGGUUGUUGAAGCUGAGGAGAUGAAACAACAUCCUCCGACUGUCACGGUGAUGGAGAACGGAGAGUCGCUCACACUCCAGUGUUCAGUACAAGCGUUUACUUCAAGCUGUGAAGGACAGAGUGUGUACUGGUUCAGACACGGCUCAGGAGAAUCUCAUCCAAGAAUCAUUCACACUCAUGGAGACGGCAGUGAUGAGUGUAAGAAGAGCUCUGAGGCUGGUUCUCCUACGCAGAGCUGUGUCUACACUCUCCUCAAGAGGAACCUCACAACCUCUGAUAAUGGAACGUUCUACUGUGCUGUGGCUGCGUGUGGACAAAUCCUCUUUGGGAAUGGAAUUAAAGUGGAAGUAAAAGGUUCCAGUUACAAUACUGAUCAGAUGGAUUUGUUGUUCUGGCUCUCCGUUUUUAGAGUUGGAGUUCUUGCCUUCAUACUUAUUAUCUUUACAAUGUAUUACAAUGUUUUAAAAUUAAGAUCAAUUUAGAACUUAAUAUUUCAAGACAAAUCUAAUAAAUGCUUUACAUUUAUACAUUUAUACAUAAAGCAUAUACAUAUGCUUUACAUAAAGGGAAAAAAUGUUAGUUUCAACUUUUGCUAAUUGCUUUGUUUUUCUAUCUAGAUUUAUUUUAUUUGGUUCAAAACUGGGAGAAAAAAAAAAACAUGUAAAUAAAUAAAAAUUGUAAUGAAUAUAAAA